AUGUUUGCUUACGGCCAUAAUAACUUUACCUGGAAUGGAACUCUGAGGGAGCUGGAGGGCAACUGGAAUGAAAAGCGGGGGCCGCAAAUGACAGCCUCCCUGAGCUCCUCCAGCGGCUUAGAGGUCCUCCUUUCCACUCUGCAGAAUGAAGGGGAUGUGGAGAGCACCUUAAAUGUCCUCAGUGUCCUGGAUGAACUUCUGUCAGCUGGUACAGAUCGUCGCAUCCACUAUAUGAUCAGUAAAGGUGGCAGCGAGGCCUUGCUGACUGCACUGGUGAACAGCGGCCGCAGUUUCUGUCCCAACUACACCGUCCUGCUGCAACUGCUCCACCUGCUGGCUAAAGUCGGACAUAGAGACCGUCGUAUUGGUAUGAAGGCAGAGGAGGCGGGAGCUGUGCUGCUGACUCUGAAUCUGCUCAAACACAAUGUCAAACAUGCCAAGAGGGCUGCAGCCUGCCUCUGGGUCAUCCAAGUCUUCUCUUCAUCAGUUUCUACAGCAAACCUAAUAGGACAAAACCACGGACUGGAUGUCAUCUUCCGCCUCAUUCCUCAGUAUACCACCAAACAUCUUCACACCAUCAAGGCAGCCAUCAAUGCCUUUGCAGCUCUGCUGAGCACAAAGGCUAACGUUGGCUCAGUGGUAUCUGAGGGUUACAUCUCUGGUCUCUUGCGGCUUUAUGAGGACUGGCACAGCCAUGAUACCCAACAUGCUGCCGUAGCAAUCCGCCACGCACUGCUGCGCUGCCUCCAUAAGGUCACCAACCGCACUGCAGGCAGACAGUCUUUCAUAUCCCAGGGAGGCCUCAGUCUGCUGUAUCGGACUACACAGGAAUGUUUGUUGAAUAAAGGUCUGGAGUGUCUGGUGGAGCCCUCUGUGCAGCUGAUGAGGAAGUGUCUCCCAAAAACUCCUCUACCACUGAUAUCAGAUCAGUCUGCAUACACCUUCCCCCUGCCUGGAAGACCACCUGCUGUCCCUGAUGUGGAUGUGGCGCCAGAUGAGAGCAGUGAGGAGAGUGAUGGUGAAGAGACUGACGAGAACCAAGAGGCAGAGAGCAGAGACUUUGAUGACGACUUGGAGACUGACCUGAACAAACUUCGUCUUCGUCCGGACCCCGACAGACCUAAAGAGCUGCUGCCACAGUACGGCCGCCUCUGUCCUGAACUCUCCCAUGACUUUAAGGACCUGGACCUGAGUUCGGAGCCAGAGGAGAGUUCAGCAUCAUCAUCAUCGUCAGACGAGGACGCGGUGCUGCUCAACAGUUUAUCUCCUCACUCCUCCAGGAGGGACAAGAGGAGGAGUAACUCCAGCAGUGAUUCGUCCACGUCCUCCUCAGGCUCUCACUGCGAGAUGGAAAGGUCCACAGAGGGACACGCACCAGAUUCUGGCCAGUUGGAGGCCCGGGAUUUCCACAGUUACAGCAGCAUCCUCAGCACCAGCCCCGGCUCUAGGACCAUGGUUCGAGAGGCAAGCGGAGAAGCCUCCCCAGGUCUGAGAGAGGAUGAGCAGUGUGAUGAGGAGGAGGGAGCAGAAGAAUCCCACCAUCGUACCAUGAUAGACAGGUUAUUGGAGAGACAUGGAGCCUGUAUCCCCCACCACGAACCCAAGCUGUACUGUGCUGCAGCCACCAAAACCAAGUCUAUUCCCGGGUUCAGCAUCCUGGCUUUCCCUGAUUUCUGGGGUCACCUCCCUCCACCAGGACCUGAAUCCAUGGCCCCUCGCAAACCCAACAUACAGAGGCAGAAAGUAAUUGAAGAUGUCCAGCGUUUCCUGAAUACUGAUGAAAUCAUCAACCAGGUCGUCUUUGACCUGGAAGACAGCAGUUUUCAGUGUCCGUCUGAGUCCUUGAGGUUUUUCUCUAACUUUGAAUGUGGGAACCUGAGGAAGGCUGUUCAGGUCCGCAGAUGUGAAUAUGACCUCAUACUGAAUGCGGAUGCUAACUGUUCCCAGCACGCCCAGUGGUUUUACUUUGAAGUCAGUAAUAUGGUGGCAGACGUCCCUUACCGUUUUAAUGUCAUCAACUGUGAGAAGAGCAACAGCCAGUUCAACUAUGGAAUGCAGCCGGUGCUGUACUCAGUAAGGGAAGCUCUGGAAGGUAGACCACACUGGGUCAGGACCGGAACUGAAAUUUGUUAUUUCAGAAACCACUUUUGUCCAGCUCAAGACAGAAGGAGGGAAACCUUUUAUACUCUGACCUUUACCAUCACCUUCAAGCACAAUGAGGACGUGUGCUACCUGGCCUACCAUUACCCCUACACAUACUCUGCUCUGAAGUCUCAUCUGAAGGUGCUGGAGAAAUCACUGGAUCCCGCCAAGGUCUUUUUCCGGCAGCAGAUUCUUUGUAGCACUUUGGCUGGAAACCCCUGUCCAGUGGUCACCAUCACUGCCUGUCCUGCCAGCAGGGCCUGGAAAGACAUGCACCAGCUACGUAACCGUCCCUGUAUCGUGCUGACAGGCCGGGUCCAUCCCGGAGAGUCCAAUGCCAGCUGGGUGAUGAAGGGCACCCUGGAGUUUCUGUGCAGCAGUGACCUGAUGGCCCAGAGUCUGAGGGAGGCCUUUGUCUUCAAGAUCAUCCCCAUGCUCAACCCGGACGGAGUCAUCAACGGCAUGAAUCGCUGUGAUCUGAACACCGAGGAUCUGAAUCGUCAGUGGUGUAAACCAGACCCCGUCCUCAGUCCAACCAUCUACCACACCAAGGGCUUCCUCUACUUCCUCAACAGUAUAGGACGAACUCCACUGGUUUUCUGUGACUUCCACGGCCACUCCAGAAAGAAGAAUGUGUUCCUGUACGGCUGCAGUGUGAAGGAGACUCUCUGGCAGUCUGGCUCCACUGUGGACACUGUAGGACUGAAAGAGGACCCUGGAUAUAGGACCAUUCCAAAGACCCUGGAUCGCAUCGCACCGGCCUUUUCUUUCAACAGCUGCAACUAUUUGGUGGAGAAGUCUCGCUCUGCCACUGCCAGGGUGGUCGUCUGGAGGGAGAUGGGUGUGCUGAGAAGUUAUACCAUGGAGAGCACUUACAAUGGCUGCGACCAGGGAAUCUACAAGGGCCUGCAGACAGGAACCAGGGAGCUGCAGGAGAUGGGGCUGAAGUUUUGCCACAGUCUGCUGUCUUUAACCAAAGAUAUGAGGGCGCUUCAUAACAGGAGACUCAUCAACCACGUUGACCUGGAUCACAGCGUCCUGGACCACAAGUCUCACAACUGUUUUGAAGACGACGAGCCUCCGUGUGUUGAGGAAGUUGAAUAUUCCAUAGACUGUCCCACUCUUAAAGGCACUGAUCUGGAUUCAGAUGUCAAUCGCAACAUGGCCAGGGCUGAUGAUGAGGAGGAUGGUGAUGGCGAUGACGAAGGGCACAGGGGAGCAAAACAGCGGCGAAGCAGCAUCGGCCAAUCGCAGCAGUCAAGCAUGAGGAGCCGCCUAUUCCCUCACCUGAUGAGCCAGGCAUCCAUCGAGACGCUCAGUGAGAAAAGAAACUCGUGUAAUGCAGCGAGCAUCGCCAAUGGACAAAUGACAAGUUAA